CAAACAGGCCCCACACUUCACGUGCAUAUUUCUUAAUUUCUGGUUGCCCAUUUGUUAGUUCUCGAUAUUUAGCCGCUCAAUUACUAGCUGAUAUUCUUUCCAAAGAACCCUUAUCUUCUCUAAGCUGGCCUCUAUAUAAAGGAUUAUCUAGUCACUCUUCCUAAUCAGACAACCCGAGAGAGAGAGAGAGAGAGUGAGAAGCCACACCUUCAGCUCCAUGCAAGCACAACUUGCUAGCAAUAUAACAUUCCAGCAGGCUAGGGGAAAGGAGCUAAUACGGAGAGCAGCUUCCAGAGAAAGAGCUCCUUGCUCACUAUCCCAUCGCCAUAACUCUCUGUAUCACCGAAUAGGCAAUGCCAAGGGUACCCAUCCUGCAGAAAGCAGCCUCACAGAAUACAGUACUGAACAUGAAGAGUGUGCAAAAGGUAGUAUAAAAGCACCAAAGACUCAUCAGCUUGGCUUCUCUUAUCUUGCAUUAUCUUUUCAUUACAUCGUAAGGAAGGUGAAAGCCUUUUACAAUGGAUUCCUCGGAGGCGUUGCUAGUGAAUCAAUGAUGGGAAGUGAAGCAUCAACGCUAGAGCCAUAUUUCUCAAUUCCAGUCCUUCCACACCCAUGAUUUUCUCCCCCUGUGCAUUAAAUUGUCUGAUUUGAUAAGAAUAUCACAGAAUAAUCCAAAA